AUGAAUGCUUCGCACCUUAUGAAACGAAAGGUUACCGGCAAAAUUACUGGCGAGAGUCUUGACUCUAUCGAUGGACUUACCAGAAAAAUUAUCGAGGUUAUCAACAACAAUGACUUUGUAACCGGCAAGAAGAAGCUGGAGAACGGUGUGGGUGACGAUAUAACUGGCACCGCCGGUAACAAGAAUGGUUUUGUUAGACAAAGGGCCAUUGCAAUCAGGCCACCUAUUUUUAGAGGUGCCGGCUACAAAGCCAGAGGGCCAUUGCAAUCAGACCACCUAUUUUUAUUACAUUUUAUCCGAUUACCCGUAGUUGCUGCUUAUACUUACAUAGAACCACCCCACAAUUUAAAUACAUUACUUGCAACUAAUCUUGUAAUUGAAUUUAAGAAAACCAAAGCUCAUAGUAUAUGCACCAAUCCAAUCCAGUUCAAACAAUAA